AUGUAUUUCUGUGACCAAACACAAACUAAAACAGUCAAACUGUUAAAAAAGACAACGAAUCUUUCAUCUAGGCUGUUAAAAAAUUCAGCAACUAUACGGCUAACACUUCUAAGGGUGUAUUUUAUCGUAACACUUUUUGUAUUGAACCAAUUUAUUGUGGAUGAAAUUGUGUCAUUUAAACUAGAUAUCCCCAGUUAUGAUGAAAUAAAAGACAAAAUAAAUGUUGUGAUCGAUGAAAUAAAAGAAAAAGCAUCCGAUGUAUCAAAUAAACUACCUAGUCAGGAUGAAGUCAAGCAAACAUUCAACGAAAUAAAAGAGAAUUUUCAUUCGUCGGAAAUAAAAGACAAAAUAAAUGUUGUGUUUGACGAAAUAAAAGAAAAAGCAUCCGAAGUAUCAAAUAAACUGCCUAGUCAAGAUGAAGUCAAGCAAAAAUUCAACGAAAAAUUCAAUGAAAUGGAAGAGAAUUUCCAUUCGUCGGAAAUAAAAGACAAAAUAAAUGUGGUGUUCGAUGAAAUAAAAGAAAAAGCAUCCGACGUAUCAAAUAAACUGCCUAGUCAAGAUGAAGUCAAGCAAAGAUUCAACGAAAUAAAAGAGAAUUUCCAUUCGUCGGAAAUAAAAGACAAAAUAAAUGUGGU